CUCCGGGCGGUGUUGGGAGCGGGCAGCUCUUCCUCCUCUUCCCGCCAUGGCGUCUCCUCUGGCCGAUGUUAGCUGGAAAGUGCUGGAGCUGCGGGCCCGCUCCAAGCGUUCAGUAGCUUAGCCUGCGGCGUUUGUGAUUAGCUGCAACAGCUUGAAAUGGCCACUUCAAAUACUGAAAGAAUCACCUCUGGUCGCACUUUCUUGUGGUCGGAUGGCAGAUAUCCUUGCUCUGUAUACGAGCCUCUUAAAAGCAUUGAUCUGCUAAAACCAGAUGCAGAGAGUCUGUGGGAUAAGUUGGAUCAUUACUACCGUAUAGUUAAGUCAACGGUGCUAGUUUUCCAAAGUCCAACCACCGGUCUUUUUCCCACCAAAACAUCUGGCGAGAACCAGAGAGCAAAAAUACAUGACAGUCUUUAUUGUGCUGCGUGUGUCUGGGCACUGGCACUGGCCUACAGGCGUAUUGAUGAUGACAAGGGACGAACCCACGAGCUGGAGCAUUCUGCUAUAAAAUGUAUGCGAGGAAUUCUCUACUGCUACAUGCGCCAGGCUGAUAAGGUUCAACAAUAUAAGCAAGAUCCUAAGCCAUCCAAAUGCCUGCAUUCUGUUUUCAAUGCUCACACAGGCGAUGAGGUCUUUUCUCAUGAGGCAUAUGGUCAUCUGCAGAUAAAUGCUGUAUCACUCUUCCUCCUUUACCUGGUGGAGAUGAUUUCAUCUGGUCUGCAGAUUAUCUACAACACAGAUGAGGUUUCUUUCAUACAAAACCUCGUUUUCUGUGUAGAAAGAGCUUAUCGAGUGCCAGACUUUGGUGUGUGGGAAAGAGGAAGCAAAUACAACAAUGGCAGCACUGAAUUGCAUUCAAGUUCUGUCGGGUUGGCAAAAGCAGCUCUAGAAGCAAUUAACGGAUUCAACCUCUUUGGCAAUCAGGGUUGUUCGUGGUCGGUCAUCUUCGUAGACCUUGAUGCUCAUAAUCGGAACAGGCAAACCCUUUGCUCAUUGCUUCCUCGUGAAUCACGCUCUCAUAACACUGAUGCUGCUCUCCUCCCUUGUAUCAGCUACCCUGCAUUUGCUGUGGACGAUGAAGCUUUGUACAGUCAAACAGUUGAUAAGAUAGUUAGAAAACUGAAAGGCAAAUACGGAUUUAAGCGUUUUUUGAGAGAUGGUUAUAGAACUGCAUUGGAAGACAAAAACCGACAGUACUAUAAACCAGCAGAAAUUAAGCUCUUUGAUGGCAUUGAAUGCGAAUUUCCUAUCUUUUUUAUUUUUAUGAUGAUUGAUGGGCUCUUCCGAGGUAACACCGAGCAAGUCAAAGAAUACCAGCGGCUUCUGGAUCCUUUACUACAACAGUCGGCAGAAGGCUAUCCUGUUGUGCCGAAAUAUUACUAUGUGCCAGCUGAUUUUGUUGAACUGGAACAGAAAAAUCCUGGCAGCCAGAAAAGAUUUCCUAGCAACCAUGGACGGGAUGGAAAGUUCUUUUUAUGGGGACAGUCCCUUUAUAUUAUUGCAAAACUUCUUGUUGAUGGCUUAGUAAGUAUUAAAGAUAUCGACCCAGUGAAGCGUUUCAUUCCUCCUCAAGAUCAACGGAAUGUUAGCAUGAGAUACUCAAAUCAGGGUCCCUUAGAAAAUGACCUAGUGGUCCAUGUUGCAUUGAUUGCUGAAAGCCAGCGCUUGCAGGUUUUUCUGAACACAUAUGGAAUUCAAACGCAAACACCACAUCAGGUUGAACCCAUCCAGAUUUGGCCUCAACAAGAGCUUGUGAAGGCUUACUUCCAUCUGGGCGUCAAUGAAAAACUGGGACUCUCAGGAAGACCCGAUCGGCCAAUUGGAUGCCUUGGAACAUCAAAGAUUUAUCGAAUACUGGGAAAAACGGUUGUUUGCUACCCAAUCAUCUUUGACUUGAGUGAUUUCUACAUGUCCCAGGAUGUUAUGAUGUUGAUCGAUGAUAUUAAGAAUGCUUUGCAGUUCAUUAAGCAGUACUGGAAAAUGCAUGGCCGCCCCUUGUUCCUCGUGCUCAUUCGAGAGGACAAUAUAAGGGGAAGUAGAUUCAAUCCAAUACUAGACAUGCUCGCCUCCUUUAAGAAAGGUGUUGUCGGUGGAGUGAAGGUUCACGUUGACAGACUGCAGACGUUAAUCUCUGGAGCAGUGGUUGAACAAUUGGAUUUCUUAAGAAUCAGUGAUACGGAGGAGCCUCCAGAGUUUAAUAGUUUUGAAGAAUUGGAACUCCCGAAACAUUCAAAAGUUAAGAGGCAAACCAGCACACCGAAUGCGACUGACUUGGAACAGCAGCCAGAUAUUAAUACUAACGAUUGGAAAAACAAGCCAAUUUAUGAGAUACUUCAGAAACUGAAUGACUGCAGCUGCAUAGCAAGCCAGAUAAUUCUGUUGAACAUUUUGCUCAAAAGGGAAGGCCCAAAUUUCAUCACCAAGGAAGGUACUGUCUCUGAUCAUAUUGAAAGAAUCUACCGAAAAGCUGGCAGCAAAAAGCUCUGGUUGGUGCUACGCUGCAGUGCGGCAUGCAUUCAGAAAUUUGCUGCCUCUUUAGCCCCCCAUAUUACAACUUUGGUAGUCCAUGGGAAGCAGGUGACUCUUGGGGCAUUUGGCCAAGAAGAAGAAAUUAUAUCUAAUCCCUUGUCUCCAAGUGCAAUUAAAGACAUCAUCUACAACAAGUGUAAUUUGCAGGACGAGAGAGAAGCUGUUCUUCAACAGGAACUUGUCAUUCAUAUUGGCUGGAUCAUCUCCAACUCCCCUGAGUUAUUUAACGGCAUGCUGAAGAUACGUGUGGGAUGGAUUGUGCAUGCUAUGAAAUAUGAGCUGAAAAUCCGUGCAGGGGAGAUGCCCCCUAUGGAUUUAUACCAGCUGUCACCCAGUGAAGUGAAGCAGCUUCUUCUGGAUAUCCUUCAUCCUCAACAGCAAGGGAGAUGUUGGCUGAACAGGCGUCAGAUUGAUGGCUCCUUGAACCGGACACCGAGUGGGUUCUAUGACAGGGUGUGGCAAAUUUUGGAGAGGACCCCCAAUGGGUUAAUAGUGGCUGGGAAUUACUUGCCACAGCAACCAACUUUAUCUGACAUGACGAUGUACGAAAUGAACUUUUCUCUUCUGGUUGAGGACAUGUUGAGAAGUAUAGAUCAACCAGAAUACAGGCAAAUAGUUGUAGAGUUGUUGAUGGUUGUUUCCGUGAUUCUGGAGAGAAACCCUGAAUUAGAGUUUCAAGAUAAAGUGGACUUGGACAAACUGGUGAAAGAUUCAUUUAAUCCAUUCCAGAAAGAUCAGAAUCAACUCAAGGGCACUGAAAAACAAGAUGACAUGACAUCGUUUUACAACACACCUCCGCUGGGAAAAAGAGGAACGUGCAGCUAUUUGACAAAAGCAGUGAUGAGUUUAUUGCUGGAAGGCGAAGUGAAGCCCAGCACAGAAGACCCUUGUUCUAUUAGCUAAGGCGGUUGGAAUAGAAGCUGGUGGAACCAGGUGGAUGCUGUGGGUUUCUCCCUCUUGGCAUAUGAGGCUUAAUUUCUCAUCUCUGUUUGGACACUGUGAUACAUGUUCAUUAUGAUGAACUCCAGUGCUUAGCACAACGAUCUGUCCAGUUGGUUUCAAAUAAUCAAAAAAGCAUACUUAAUCAAGAAACGUGUUCCCUCCACAUUGCCUAGGUGGCAGUCAAAGAUACCCACCUCACCAUCAUGGUUACUUGUUGGCUGAGCAAAUGCCUGAUAUUCUCCAUAUGUAUGCUGCUUGAGAAUUACAGAUAUUUAGAACAAUUAACUAAGCUUGUGUUUACAGUUAAGCCUUGCUUAAGAUGAAUUGCAACGUUACAUUUAUUUAUCUAAUCGUGAAUUAAUGUAGCUUUAACGUUUAUCAGCUCCCUCUUCAUUUGUCUUGGUACUAGUUAUUGAUAGGCUUCCUUAUGAAAAUUUAAAAUGAAUGUGGUAGAGACAUCAAUUUAAAAAAUAACUGACCCCGAUGUAUGAAGCUGGAAGAUUUGUUGACUCUGAAAAGACAGUGGUACCUUUGGAUUUGAGGGUACCAAUGAAGCUUAAAAACAAAAUAAAAACUCUGCAGUAACCUACUCUUUAGAA